AUGCUCCGCCAUAUUUCGAAGAAUCAACGACAAACUCGACAACCCAACACGGCCACGAGGUAUUUCCUAAUCCAAAAUGACGAAGGGAACUUCCAGCUUCGGAAAGCGCCACAACAAGACGCACACAUUGUGCAGACGCUGCGAGGGCAUGCCGCAAACUGUAGUCGGGAAGGAGAGAACAUCGGACAUUCAGGGUUGGAGACUGACAACGUCAAAACUACAGGUCGCCGAUCCCUCCACAUCCAAAAGCACACCUGCUCAUCAUGCGGAUAUCCAGCUGCUAAGAUCCGACAAUAUAACUGGGGCGAGAAGGCUAAGAGGAGAAAGACUACCGGAACAGGACGCAUGCGCCACAUGAAGGGUGUCCCAAGACGAUUCAAGAAUGGGUUCCAGACCGGUGUACCAAAAGACUCGAGGGGACCAUCCAAGGCCGAGUGA